GACCGAGCGGGACGGACGCUCGGUCGCUACGUAGCGACCGGACAGCGUGCAUGUGCGGUAGUAGCGUAAUGACCGAGCUUGGUUCGUCCGUGUUCCGAUCGUCAUACUCGGACCUAUCCGUAACUGGUCUGGGUAUGUGUCCGAUGGCUUAUUUUUGAUCUAAACAGAAUUCGAACGAAAUUUUAUCUUGGGAACAUACGUUGGGACGUUCUCUUGAUCGAACAUGAUUUGUUGCGAAAAGACAUACUUGUAUUUUGCGGGGAUUUGGACGUUAACUUCGUCGUAAUCAUUUUCGACCCCAACAGCCGCCAUUGACGAGCUCGAGAUGACAGAAGACGAACUCAGAGCCGCCAUUGACGAGCUCGGGACGACAGAAGACGAACUCGGAACCACCAUUGACGAGCUCGGGACGACGGGUGAUGAGCUCAGCUCCUCCUUCAACGAGCUCAGCCUCUUCUUUCUUACACCUCAAACCCACAACCAAAACCCCUCUUUUAAAAAAAAAAAAAAGUGUCGGCAUGGAGAUAAAGAAAGGAGGAGGACCACCCAAAAAUAAAAUAAAAAAUAAAAAUACAAAUGAAAAGAUAAGAAAGAGAGAGAAGGAACUACACCAAAAAAAGAAAAAAGACACAAAAGAAUUGUUUUUUACCUUGCGUCCAAGUGGGGGACAAGAACUAAAAAAAAAACACAAAAGAAAUUGUCAGGCUCUAUUUCCCGACAAUUCCCGAGCCUGAUCUGAUUUUCUCAGACAGAAGAUUCCAGAAGAAUUCUCCAAGACUCGACACUUGGCGAACUGUGGGGGGGGGGGACAAUUGUUGGAAAUGGAAUUAGCACAUGCCCAUUAAGAGCUAAGCCCAAAAUCAGGUCCGGCCCGUUGAACAACAAUUGAUGAUUUCACUAGAAGACAAAACGUACAUCACUAUAAAUAGAAGACGUCAGACUCAUUGAAAUGACAGUCAGAAACGUACAGAAAGUACUGUAAAGGAGAGCAUCGCCUCUUCAUCACAGACAAAGUCUUGGACGACCUCGACCACUAGGCGAGCUCGGCCCAGACGACCUCAGACCAUAAAAUAGAAAGAUACUUGUUUAUACGAAUUGUUUAGACGAGCAUCUUUAGUUCUUGUAAUUGACCGAGCUUGUUUAUUCUUGACUAUUAAUACGAAAAUCUCCACCCAUUUAUAUCAUUUAUAAAUAUUACAUCAUCGACAAGAUAUGGAAACAACAGGCGUCAAGUUCUUGGGCAAUCAGCUGAGUUUCUGCAGGCCUCAUUGUGACCUGCGUUGGACUAAUAUCCGAACACCUUUUGAGUCAUGGGAUAGGUCAAAUCUCAUUUAUUCCAAGAAAGACGAGAGAUUCUACUUGCUUGCCCCCGGAGGCAAGUACCUGUGCUCAUGGGAUCUAAACUUCAAGAAAGAUAACAAGCCUAAGUUCCUUGAGUUGGUGUUGCACAACAUUCCCAAUCUGCCAAGUUCCCUGUGGAAGCGGUUGGAUUCCCUUUGCAGGGAGGACCACUGGGUGGAGUCACCUUCUGGCGAAUCUUUCCUUGUCAAAUGGUACUCCGAAUACACACCUCAAGGGUAAUGGUGUUUAGAGAGGAGGAUACAAUAUGUGGGAAGAGAAACAUGCGUUAUACAGAGGAUAUUGGAGAUCUCUGCAUUUUCAUUUCAAAAGGUGAGGACAUCUGCGUUGAGGCUAGAUCUAACAAGCUCAAACCUAACUCCAUCUUGUUAAAUGGUCGCUUGUUUGCUACGAUUAAUAACACCAACAAUACUUUCGGUUGCUAUGAAUAUCCCGAAGGUACACCAGACAAGAUUCCUUACUCCCCUUACUGGUUUCCUCCGUUUUCGAGCUAGCUAGUGCUCUCCUUGCUUCAUUCGUGUCAUUUGUUCUGUCAUGUUUUGUGGUCUGGAUUGCUAAGAUCUAAUUCAGUAUCAUCUAUUUUCCUUUA